CGUCGAUGAGCUCUAAAAAAGAAAUCAGAGAAGGUGAAGGAUUGCUUUCACGGAAAAAAGAAAGACUGUGUGCAAGAGUAGGAUGCUCCUUAAUUGCAAUAAUCUUCAGGGACUACGACUGACAACUUCUUUACACACAGUAUAGACUGAGUAGAAUUUAAUUACACUAAAUCGGAACAAGAUCAUAAACCAAAAUGUCUUCCGGUGUAUGGAGAUUGUUCUCUGACGAUGAAGCCUUCAGUGGAGGUGAGCUUCUCACGCAGAGGCGUCCACGUCCGAAGAUAUUAGAAUUAAGGGUUUCCGAAUUACAUCCCUCACUACCAGUCUGGGCUCCUUUUCAAGGGGAAAAUAGGUCAAGGAUGUUCUGAAGAAUGCAACUCGGCAACCUCUAAUAGAAGGCAGUGACAACAAAGGCCCGCCUCGCGGACUGCUAACAUUGCAGCUCUUACUGCUUUUCUCAGACUCCCUCCGAUAUAUUUUCGUAAUCGAAACCUUCGUUAGUUUACUUGCAAAAUUUGCCAUCUUCCCAGACUCGAGCAGCCUAAAAGAGACGCGGUUGGCGGAAGAACUCGUUUGUCUCAUUGUAUGAAGAAGGAUGAAGACGUCAGUGUAGAAAAUAGAACUAGUAGGCGAAAAAGUACAUCAUGUGCUAGUUGUGCCUGUUCUGUUGAUACUGGAGGCAAAGGUAGAUAAACUACUAGAAACUCCUCUUCAUACGAUUUCUUUGCAUUGUAUGGAGAAGGAUGAAGACGUCAGUGUAGACGAUGUUGAGACUAAUUGAACAACUAGAUGUCGUUCUAGUGGUACGACAUCUAGUUGUUCACAAUUAUUUGAGGUAAAGGGUAGGCGUUGUAGAAACUACUUGUAGAUGUAGUUAUAAACUUCGACUGGGUUCUUCUAUUUGUCUUAUAUAUAAGAACAGAUUCCUUCUCCUCUUCAUAUGAUUUCUUUGCAUUGCUAGAGGGAUGGCGAUUGGACUUCGGCUAUGACGGCAACCAGACGGAGAGGACCAGCAGACUCGCGGUUUUUAACGCCUUUUCAGCAGUGCAGAUUUUGAUCGUCGGAUUUUUCUUCACCAAGCAAGUGUAUUUAUGACAUACUGUUGGAACUGUAUCAUCCCGCCGGUAGGCUUGAAGGACUACUUGGGAUGCAAAUGAAUGAAUAAGGGCAUUCGUUGUGGGAGUUGACCUUGUGUCGGCUGCCAUUUUGUCUCUACGUUCUUCCGUCUUCGUUAUCCCAGUAUGUAAAUUGUUUGAUUAUGUAACAGACAUGUUUAAGUGAUUAAGAGGGCGGCGGCAUAUAGUCCUAACUCAAAAAAAAUCUACGAUAAUCGCGAAUAACCAUAACAGGGACACACACGACAUGACAUGGACGACGCUAAAAUACUUGAGAGUACUGAGUACGGGCGUAAGAUUGACGAGAAGAUACUUUUUAGCCAUAUUACAGGAAGACUCCGUGUUGUAAUGACCCUCUACUACAUGGUCGUUAAGGAUGUAUGUAGUAGAGGUCCAUUACAACACGGAGUAAAUUUCUUCGUGAUCAUGUAAAUGUAAUUUAUUCCUCGUUGGCUUACAAGUUCUACUUGUUUCUGCAAUUUAUUGUCACAUCGAUUCAUCCUGCCGGUAGGUGCAGCAAACCUAUUUAGGAUGCAAAAAAGACUCCGUGUUGCAAUGAACCUCUACUACUAAAUUUCUUCUGUAUGUAAAUGUAAAUGUAAGUAUAGUGAUCGAUUCUAAACCCCGUCCUCCGAAUAGACGCAUUUGUGUCUGGUUCUGUGCUUUGUGCGACGAUCCUACAGGUUGUCAUCACGAUUCCAGCAGCCGCUAGGAUGGGCAUAUUUGUCCCUUCGGAAGACAAAAAGGACUUAUCAUCUUAUGCAUGGAACAUCUAGCCGUGUAUCAGAGGACUGUCGUUUCAUUCAAGAAUGUUAGCUCUCUCAUUUUUUUCAGCAGAACAUGACUAGUCGUGUAGAAACAUGACCGGUUUCACACAAGUUGUACGAUACACCAUAAUAAAUCUAUCAAUACCUCUAAUUCCUUAGUCCUCAAGACUCCGGCAGUCCACCUGCGCAUAGGCCUUACCAAGUCGGCGGAAAUUUGGAGGUUUGGCUUUCUGCCGGUGCCUGCGUUUUUAGCACCUUCAUCGUUUUUGUUGUGUAUUGA